UUCACAACCACUUACAUCUUCUGCAAACGCAUCGCAUUCUUGACUGGACUUGAGGGAACGCAUGAGUCUUUGCGACGGAUUUCUUUCUCUGGAAUUGAUGCUCGAUUGUCUCGGGAAGAGGCUCAAUCAAUCCGUUUCGUGUCAUAGAAUCUCCAGCCGCACGACAGGUGCAAACGGGCACAGGUACAGUAUUCUCGGUCUCAGAAGAGGCCAAUUGAUUGCGCAUGCUCAUUCUGAUGCUGACCACUUCACUGCCAGUAGCUUCUCUCGAGUGCGCUGGGCACAACAGACCACCGCGCAGACAGUUGAAUCACCAUGGCUAUACUGGAAGAAGCUCCCGGACUCUCUGUUGGCUUAAUUGUAGACGGCCAGCCAGCCGUCGAAUAUGAUGAUGACGACGAGGUGGGAGUUGGAGGUGAUGUUUCCGAAUACAAGGCUUCCGUCACUAGGUCCAAAUACGUCGAGUCUAUUUCAGAGAAGGAGUAUGCUGUGGAAGUGAAGUUUGAUGCGGCUUUUGACUUCAAUUGCCCUUCACUUUCGUGCUGGGUCACAAUUGACGGUACAAACAAGGUCGGAAAAAUACUGAAAAAGGAGAACAAGCUUGUGCUCAUCAAGGGUCUCGAGAAGAAUGCGGGUGGCGGUCGUGGGACUUUGAAUAAAUUCAAAUUCGCUAAAAUAAGUCGGUUUCUAUGUUCCUCAAAACUCACGUUUGUAUUGCCGACUCUAACGGUUUCGCAGAUAUCGAUGAAAACAACGUUCAGAACAUCCAGAAAGAUUCCAAGCGUGUUUCCAAGCUUGGCGAAAUCGUAGUUGGAUUUUGGCGAGCCUCAACGCCUAUUGAUACUCCCCCAGAUGAGGUGACCAAGCCGCCCGGAAAAAAGCUGGCUGAUGUUACGAGUGUUCAUGAGAAGGCGAUGAAAGGCCAGGCCAAGUCCCAUAGUACCCUGUGAGUGUUUCUACUACUCCAUACCCGACUUUCUGACUGGCCCUAGUUUUGCGCCGCCUGUUGCAACCACCGUGCGCUAUUCUCGUGUCCAAGAGUUGGAUGGGAUAGAUCAUCCUUUAGCAAUCUUCAGAUUCAAAUAUCGAUCGAGAGGUAUAUACUGAAUAUGUAUAUCAUUGAAAUUUUGAUGCUGACCAUGAGCUAUAGAAGCGCUUAAACAAUUACUAGUUCUUCCUCGAACGCCAUCCCCAGAACCCCAGGCCACGCCUGCUCCAGUUGAUGUAAGCGGUGUGGACCUCGAGGCACUAGAUGCCGAGCAGAAAGAGCAGCUCCAGAAGUUCUUAAAAGACCUGACCGUAUGUAUUACUCGGAAUCAAAAACUCUCGAUUUGUGUUAACGUUUUUAUCCUGGCAGGGCGCAAAUUCAUCAGCGCGCAUCAAGCGGGAACGUGAGGAGGGCGGGAACGGCGAGGGCUCACAAAAGAAGAGAAAGUCGGGGGAGAAGAUCACUAUUGAUCUGACUGCCGAUUCUGAUGAAGAAAAUUAACUAGGCUUGACAUUUUUCCUUUUUACCUUUGCAGUCAAAUUAUGUUUUUCUUUUUUUGAAGGAUUUGGGGGGUUUCGGUGGUUUGCACUUUCGGCUAUGGCCCAUAUACCCCUGGAGAAAUUAAGGAGAAAAGGAUGUAGGCACAACUUGGUGACGGCAUAUCUAGCUUUGG